AUUCAAACCAUAGCAUUACCCUUGUCUCAGGGUUCCCAUCUGUGUGCUUCUAGGCAGACUCCAGAAGCAUUGCUCUGGACACAGUGCUCCUUGUCAGAAGCCUGCCUGAGGGAAAGGCCUUUCUUUCUUCAGCAGAUUUUCCACCCCUUCCUUUGCUGCAGAUGGGCUCUGGACUGCAGACGGCUGCCCUUCCUUUCCUAAGUCUGAUCCUGCUUGUCUGGAGCCAGGUGCCAGGGCUCCAGGGCCACGAAUUCCGAUUUGGGUCCUGCCGAGUAGAGGGGGUAGUUCUCCCUGAACUAUGGGAGGCCUUCCAGGCCAUGAAGCACACUGUGCAAGCUCAGGAUAACGUCACAAGUGUCCGGCUGCUGAAGCAGGAGGUUCUGCAGAACGUCUCGGACACUGAGAGCUGUUACCUUAUCCAUGCCCUGCUGAAAUUCUACUUGAACACUGUUUUCAAAAACUACCACAAGAAAAUUGUGGAAUUCAAGAUCCUGAAGUCAUUCUCUACUCUGGCCAACAACUUUUUGGCUAUCAUGUCAAAACUACAACCCAGUGUGAAGGAAAAUGAGACAUUUUCCAUCAGUGAGAGUGCACACAGACGGUUUCUGCUGUUCCGGGGAGCAUUCAAACAGUUGGACAUAGAAGCAGCACUGACCAAAGCAUUUGGGGAAGUGGACAUUCUCCUGACCUGGAUGGAGAAAUUCUACCAACUCUGA